AUUAUUUAUAUCUUGAAAUGGCUGAAAGUACCACUCAAAAUGUUAAUUGGGCAGAAAUCUCAGAUGAUGAAGAAAUCAUUCAACCAUAAGCUUAAGAAACAUAACUUUAAGAAAAUUAAGCUUAAGAAGUCAAAUAAGAAUAACCAUAAGAAUAAAAUAAUGAACAAAAGAAAUAGUCAAAAAAGCCAUAUCAAAAGCAUCAUAAGCCAGAAUGGGUUAGACUUAAGGAGUUGUAAAAGAAAUAGGCUGAACAAAUUUAAAAAGAGUAAUAAGCUGCAUUAGAGGCUCGAAGAAUCAAACCAAGUGUAUUCAAAAUUUAUAGAUCUAUAGAAAAACAAUUUCCAAGGACUUUUGAACGACAGUGACGAAGAAGAAUAAAAACCUGAAGAAUAAGUCUAAUCUGAAUAAUAGACAAAAGAAUAAGAAUAACCUAAAGAAGAGUAGGUCGAUUAAUACCAAUGUAUGUGUAUUUAAUAAUACAUUAGUAUUGAAACAAAAAUAAACUCAAGAAGAAAAAUAAUAAUAAUAGAAGAAGAAAGAUUAAAAGAAAAAAGAAAACGAGGACUUAGAUGCUAUUUUGAAUGAAUUAGGGUUUACUCAAAAAGAAACUGAAUAAGCUGGAGAUUAAGAAAAAAAAAAGAAGAAAAAGAAUAAAAAUAAGGAUGCUGAAAAAUAACCAGCCUAAACUUCUACAGAAAAAUAACCUGAAUAAUAAUAGUAGUAAUAAUAAUAAUAAUAAUAAUAAUAAUAACAAUAACCUGAAAAAGUUGAUAUCAAAAAAGUCUUAGCAGAAAAAGCAAAAAAAUAAUAAGCUGGUACACAUCAAGUUGAUAAAGUAAUUUUAUAAACUAUUCUAGGACUUAGAAAGAGUGAAACAAGAAAUUGAGAAGAGAAACUAAAAGUCUAAGAAAAAUAAGAAAUAAGACUUAGAUCUUUGA